UUUUCAAUUUUAUAAUACUCCUAUUAGCCUAACAACAUCAAAUUCUCUCUCUCUCUCUCUCCUUCUCACCUGGUUCAUCGAAUCCACCAUUGCAUCGACCUUCGACCUCUGUCUCUCUCUUUCUUUCUCUUUCCUCCAUUUUCGCAAGCACUUUUCUUGAAUUAAUCAAACCAUAUUAGCAAUUACUAAACUAAGGUAUUUGAUUUGAAUUUACAGCUGAACAUAUAAAGAGAGGGAGAGAAAAAAAAUGUCGAAGAAGAAAACCUUCAGCGGCAGCACCAUGACUCUCAAGGACUUUCAUGGUGGUUCCAUACCUGCCGAUAUUUCUCUCCCUUCUGCUCCUGGCGUGAUUGUGAGGCCGACUGAUCGACCAGUUUACGAUCGUCCAAGUACAUGGGGGAACUCAAUGGGAGGCCGAUCUGAACAUCGAUUGCGCCCGAGUUCAUCGGGUUCGAUGAGGAGUUUGGAUGAAAAUAAGACCCCUUUUCUUACUAGUACUGUUAAUAUAGGUAGGAAUUUUGAUGAGGAUGAGCGGAAGCCACUUGACGGUGGUGCUUCCGCCCCUCGUAGGACUGUGAAUGAUGAUAGUAUUGGAGCUUCCGUUGUUCGUUCUGAGCCACGAGUGGUCGGAGUGGAUAGUGGGAAAUUGUCUGGGCAGCCGAGUUUGGGGCCCGUGGCGCCUCAAAUGGGGGGUGUUAGUGGGAGUUCUUACUCGGCUAGGGUUGUAGAGGGAGGCCAUUCGAGUGUGGGUGUGAGUUCUCGGCCGAAUGCAUGGGGUGCAAGGAAAGAGCCACGUGGUGUGGGCGAGCCGGAUGCUUCACCUUGGAGUGGGCAGAGUGCGGUUUCCAAGUUUGCACAAGCGAGUGCACUAGACCAGAUUUCUUCAGGGAGAUGGCAAACUAAGCCGUUGCAGCAGCAGGUGGAUAUAGAGGUCAUUAAGCCGUUGGAUUCCCGUAAUAGCUUGUAUGGGAGGGAAAAUGACCCUUCUGUUGGUGGUGUGAACUUUAUGAGUGAAAGGGAAUACUAUGAGACUACGCUGGUGGGGCAUGUGGAAAGGGGUCUUGCAAUUGAAGAAGCGGGUCGAGGUGGUUUCAAGGAGAUGCCGGGUGUUGAGAGGGUGCAUUCUCCAGUGCAGAGUUCUGUAUUGUUUACUAACGAGGGUCAACCAGCUUAUCCCGAUGGAAAAUCAGGGGGUCCUGAGUUGCAGCAUCCUCCAGAAGUGGGUGAAAGACCUAAAUUGAAGCUGCUUCCGAGAUCAAAGCCGCUGGAUGCCCAGGAGCUGUCUGGCAUUGAUUAUAGGCAGGGAUAUCAACCUCCGAAUGAUACUAAUCACUCAGAAGUUGUUAGUAUCCUUGGAAAUGGAAGUCAUGUGAAGCCUAUACCAGCUAGUAGUGAAGCACGUCAUGGGAAUCCUGGGGUAAGUGGCAGUGAAUCAGGGCAUCGGGUUGUGGAGCGUCCAAAAUUAAACUUGAAGCCUCGUUCACAGCCAGUAGAUCAUUCAGAUGGAGGCAUCAAAAUAGAAAGGAAGUCACUGUUCGGUGGUGCUCGGCCGCGUGAAAUGGUUUUGAAGGCGCGUGGUGUUGAUGAUGUUAUCACCAGCCAUGAUCAAGUGCUUAGUCCAAGCCGGAUGAAAAAUGAUUCCCCCCGCAGUGAAUUGGCGCCAGCACCUGCAAAUACCUCACGCCAGGGUGAAAAGGUCGAUAAUCUUUCCAUUGAUCAGAGGACUGGAAGAGGCCAUGAGAAGAGGGAUCAACGAGCAGAUACUCAGAAAGCUGAUACGCAGAGAAAGAAUUGGCGUAAUGAGAACUGGAGAAGUGGCAGAGACACAGAGAAGCACCAGCAGGAGAGGCAACCUUCACCAGAGACUUGGCGCAAACCGGUUGAGCACCCAAAUGCUUCCAAUGGUGAAAAUUCUGGACUGCGUUUUGGGAAAGCUGUUUCUGCUGUGGACCUUGCCCAAGCCUUUUCGAGAUCAGUCUCAGAUCCCAAGCCUGUUGAUCAAUUAUCUGGUCAAAGAGGACUUCCUAGUCAAAAGAGUCUUCCUGGUCAAAAGGGACUUCCUGUCCGUUCACAGAUGCCUUUUUCAAGGCUUAUGGGACCAACGACAAGGCCUCAGAUCAAUGGUUACUGAUUGAUUGUAGACAUGAUAGCUCGAGAGUGGUGAGAAAUAUCGCUGGAUCAGGAGAUACAAGUUGCUAGGGAGCAUGAGCUUAGAAUUUAUGCCUGAAAUUUGAUUGAUAAUAAGGGGAUUUCAGCCGUCUUUGCUUUUUUUAUCGAUUGCUGAGUCCACUAGAGCAAUCUUGUUGCACAUUGUUUUCCCUUGUCCAAUAGAUGAUUCUAAUAUUAUGAUAGGCAAGGAACUGAUGGCGGUUGCUUGGUGUUCGGGAAAUCAAAUCAGCGAAUGCUGUGAUAUUCUGUCUCAUACCCAUUUGAUAUGAAUGAUAUAGGACAAUAGGUUAAUUGAUGUUCAUGAUUGCUUGGGUUUUGAAGACUUGCCUUUGAGCAUGUCUCUGAUGUAUUUGAAUGUACGGAAAUCUUAUUUCAUGGGAUUGAACUUGAACUGUUUUAGCCA